AUGAAGUGGUUCAACCAGAUCGUCACCGCGCUCCUUGCCACUACGGCACUCGCAGCACCCGCGCCACCAAAGGCAUCAGCCGAGACGGCAUAUUACAACCUACGGGUCUUGAGCAAAUUCGAAAAGUCCCUCGACGACAAGCUCCUGUCCGUCUUCCAGGACAAGGUGGGCGUGUUCUCGGGCGCUCCCGCAGUCAGUUUCUUCCCCGUCAAUGUCUCGGACAACGCCACCGAGCCCAAGUACCAGCUCCACACGAGCCCGAUCGGCAUCGUCCAGACCGUGCUGGGCCUGGUCGGGUCGGACAGCCUGAGCACCCUGAUGCAGAUCAGCGACCCCUACCAGCUCGAGUUCCCCGACGGAGUCAAGGCCGACUGGUCGUCGUGGGACAUGGUCGAGCGCGUCGAAGGCGAGCAGAUUAACAGCUACCUCAACUACGUCGGCUCGCCUGAAGGGACGUGGAUCGCCUUUCCCGAGACCGGGCUCGACAACUGGACUGUUACUUGGUAUGAUGGUAUCGCCGUCCUCCCUCAGCACUACAUGCCUAUUGAGGUCAUCUAUGAGAAGGUCAUGCAAGGAUGA